UUCGGGGUCAUGUUUGUGCUUCCUGGACGAGAAGUCCGCGCGGGACGUGGGGCUUCGGCGCCCGCCGAUCUGCCUAGGGUUCCCCCAGAGUGGGAUGUGGCCAGGCGUCCCACCAUCCGUAGUGGGAGGGAGGAAUGAAGCUGUAGGGCUUGCUCAAGUUUGUGCUGAUGCAAGGGGAGCCAAGUCCCAGUGCUUCCCUUAUUGACAGAACUAUCAAGAUGAGAAAAGAAACAGAAGCUAGGAAAGUGGUUUUAGCCUGGGGACUCCUAAAUGUAUCUGUAGCUGGAAUGAUAUAUACUGAAAUGACUGGAAAAUUGAUUAGUUCAUAUUAUAAUGUGACAUACUGGCCCCUCUGGUAUAUUGAGCUUGCCCUAGCAUCUCUCUUCAGCCUAAAUGCCUUAUUUGAUUUUUGGAGAUAUUUCAAAUAUACUGUGGCACCAACAAGUCUGGUUGUUAGCCCUGAACAGCAAACACUUUUAGGUCUGAAAACAGCUGUUGUACAGACUACUCCUCCACAUGAUAUGGCAGCAACCCAAAUCCCUUCUUCUCUCCCCUCACCUUCAAUUCAGGGACAGAGUGUGUUGAGUUAUAGCCCAUCUCGCUCACCUAGUACCAGCCCCAAGUUCACCACCAGCUGUAUAACUGGAUACAGCCCUCAGCUUCAAGGCCUGUCAUCAGGUGGCAGUGGUUCUUAUAGCCCUGGAAUGACCUACUCUCCUGUCAGUGGAUAUAAUAAGUUGGCAAGCUAUAGCCCCUCUCCUUCUUCUCCAUACCCUGCCACUGUUGGACCAGUGGAGAGCAGUGGCUUGAGAUCUCGCUACCGUUCUUCACCUACUGUCUAUAACUCCCCCACGGACAAAGAAGACUACAUGACAGACCUACGAACUUUGGAUACUUUUCUUAGAAGUGAAGAGGAGAAACAGCAUAGAGUUAAGCUGGGGAGCCCAGAUUCUACCUCACCUUCUACCAGUCCUACUUUCUGGAAUUACAGUCGUUCUAUGGGGGAUUAUGCACAGACUUUAAAGAAGUUUCAGUAUCAGCUCGCUUGUAGAUCUCAGGCCCCAAGUGCUAACAAAGAUGAAGCCGAUCUCAGUUCCAAACAAGCUGCAGAAGAGGUUUGGGCAAGAGUGACUAUGAAUAGACAGCUUCUUGAUCAUAUGGAUUCAUGGACAGCCAAGUUCAGAAAUUGGAUCAAUGAGACAAUAUUAGUGCCACUUGUGCAAGAGAUUGAGUCUGUCAGCACGCAGAUGAGACGGAUGGGUUGUCCAGAACUGCAAAUAGGAGAGGCUAGUAUUACUAGCUUGAAGCAAGCCGCAUUGGUCAAAGCUCCUCUCAUUCCAACUUUGAACACCAUCGUGCAGUAUCUCGACCUCACGCCCAAUCAGGAAUACUUGUUUGAAAGGAUCAAAGAACUUUCUCAAGGUGGCUGUAUGAGCUCAUUUCGAUGGAAUAGAGGUGGAGAUUUCAAGGGACGCAAGUGGGAUACUGACCUCCCCACUGAUUCUGCUAUCAUCAUGCAUGUAUUUUGCACCUAUCUUGAUUCCAGAUUACCUCCACAUCCUAAGUAUCCUGACGGAAAAACAUUUACUUCUCAGCAUUUUGUUCAGACACCAAAUAAGCCAGAUGUGACCAAUGAAAAUGUUUUUUGCAUUUAUCAGAGUGCUGUUAACCCUCCUCAUUAUGAGCUAAUCUACCAGAGUCAUAUCUACAAUCUUCCAAAGGGACGAAAUAAUAUGUUUCACACAUUAUUAAUGUUCCUCUACAUCAUAAAGACCAAAGAGUCAGGAAUGCUUGGGAGAGUUAAUCUUGGUCUAUCUGGUGUGAAUAUUUUAUGGAUAUUUGGCGAGUAGUGUGUCAAUUCCAAGCAUUUGGACUUUUAUGUAACUGGACACAGAAGUUGAAUGUAAGCAUCUCGGAGUCAUUGCCUCUUCUGAAGUAAGACAGUUGCAUGUACUUUACAGACUCUUUGGAUUUAACAAAAUAUUAGCUCUUGGGAAACUUCUUUGUGAAACUAUCUCCAUAACUACUUCUACACCACUAGAUACUACCUGCAAUUUUAUAUCACAUUUCAGGUUUUCCAGUUAGGUAUAAAACUGCAGUCCUUUAAGUUUUUGUUGACCAAAACAGUACAGUUCUUCCUUAAUGAAAUAAAUAUAAAGAGUCCAUUUGCAUUGUAAUUCCCAAAUGAGAAUCAUCUAUCUGAUUCUUCCUCACAAAAAUGAUUUUUUAAUAUCAUUAUUUAGUAUAAAAACUUAAAAAGAAGCAAAUUGCUAAUUUAGGUGUUCUGUUUUUUGGGUUUGUUUUUUUUUUUUUUAAUCUCUGUAUUUCCCUAGUGUUCUGCAAAUCAGCCUAAGGCCAAUAUUUAAAGAAAUCAGAGAAAUUUCUAAGUAAUGUGUUAGACCAUGUGUUUUUUUAAAGAUUACCAAAAAAAGUUUGAUAGUAUUGGUGACUCUUGGAUUAAAUUUCACUGAAAGAAUUAAACUAUUUGGUUCUGAGUUAAGAGGCUGGGGACAUCAAAAAAACUUUGGUUUUAAGAAUGUUUGAUUUUAACAAUUCAGUUCUAUUCUGUGAUGUAUUAUUUUAAUGUAUUAUUUUAAUGAUGCGUGUUCAGAUUUUUUUUAGUUAUGUUUGAAAUAUCUGGAGGGUAAGAAGUUAUCAAGUUUGUAAGUUUUGUUUCAUUCUCCAAGUUUUGUUUUCUUAUAUAUAUGUGUCGGGUCUCUAAAGCUAGCAGACAAUUUCAUGUAUUUUCUGAGUUGACGUCUUACUAGAGACUGCGUCCAUCACCUUUGUGAAUCUGCGAAUAACUGCAUGUCAGUAUUAUAUAUGCAGUGCAUUUUGUAUAAUUUGUAAAUUCUGUUUUUUAAAAAAGUCAGAAGUUCAGAGGAAAGAAGUUCCUGUCUUUCCACUAUUUUUUUAUAUGUCAAACAUGUUUGUUAUGAUAAUUUAAAAGAUUAUGUCAAUUAAGCAUGUUAAAUAUAAAAACAUGGUAAAAUCUAAGUCUCCUAUUUCCUAAUCUAAGUCACCUAUUGAAAGGUAUUAUGGAAUAACAACUGCUGUGCUGUUAAGUUAUUCAGUUGCAUAAUCUUUAAAAAAGCAGUAAGGAGGAAAAUUUUAACAAUUUUCAGACAGAAUUUCUUUAUGGCACUUAUGAUGGCCUGUAGUACAAAAGUUCAAAACUAGUAAUUUUAAGUGACUGUCAGAAAAUACAAUAUACAAUAAAUAUAUUGGGUUGUCAGAAAAGUCGUGGUGUAUUUUUGUUUUCAAGCAAAAAUGCUUCAUGACUUUGUUGACAACCUAAUAUUUAUAAAAAGACUAGAGUACACACUACAAAAGGUAUUUUGUUUGCUUGCUAAGUCUAGCGGUGGUUACUGUGCCCUAGGUUACUUUCUUAUAAUAACUUGUAUUCACUGAUGUUGGAGCCAGCUUGUAUACUUUAAUACAGCUUUUAUUAAAAAUACUCUGAUGAAUUCACAUUUCAGGAAGACAGUACACUGCAAAUGUGGUAAAUUUUUUUGGCCCUGGAGUUAAAAUUUCUCUAAAUGUUAAUUACAAAAUAUUUUUCACAAGUUUUCUUUUGAUUCAUCCUUUGUAGAAUUAUAUCUACUGAUCCUCUAGAUCACAUUCACUGUAUCAUCUUUUUACCCCACCUGCGAGGAUUCACCAGAGACAGAAUGGGGAGCAGAACAGGCAGACAACCAAAAUACACCAAAUUUUUUUUAGGGGCAUAUU